UAUAUAUAAUAGACUAUGAGAAAAAAUUGUUUAGAAUAUAAGGCUGACAGGAUCGUAACGAGUCACUUUUGUCGAUGUUCAUCGAGAGCAGCAUAUCGCGAAAAAGAGAAAAUGGCAUCAAAGAUUUUCAAGCUUCUGCUGAUCAUGCAAGUUGCGGCGUUUUGCAUCUGUGCUGAGAGCGUUAACAACACCAAAGGGGACAAUAAUGCGACAGAGAUAGAUAUCAUCUUGCCUAACCUUGACCCAGAAGAUCGGACUUGGAUAGCGCCGUGGUGGGAUUCUGAAAGUGAAAAGGCCUUCCAACAAUUGAGAGAAAGAAUUCGAAAAAAUAUGGAAAAUUAAAAGUUCAGACUACUUAGUUAAAACGAUUUAGAGAACCAUGGACAAUCCAUUUAUUUUAAUCGUGCUCACAUUUAGAGGAUCAACAAUUUAUAUCUAAAACUACAACAACAACGGGACUUCAAAAUAUAUGAUUCGAUAUAUUAUUCGUGUUUUUAUUUGCUUACUCAGAAGCUAGGUUUGUAUAUUCCCGAAUGUAAUACAGUGCAUAAGGAGGGGUC